AUGAAGUUCAGAGAAACGGAUUCUGAUUUGAGAUCACCAAAGCCUGUUGGUGAGGGAGACGGCUUUCAUAUUAAGAAACAGUUGACUCUAGGUGAUGGUAUACUCCUGAUGGUCGGCUUAGUCAUUGGGUCCGGAAUUUUUAUUUCACCAAAGGGUGUCUUUAUGUACUCUGGCUCAGUUGGCGUUGCGCUUGUAAUAUGGGUUGUUUGUGGUAUAUUUUCAAUGAUGGGCGCUCUAUGUAUGGCAGAAUUGGGAACUACCAUUACAAAGUUUGGCGGCGAAUACAUCUACUUAUACAAAAUAUUUGGCCCAUUGCCUGGUUUUGUUUAUUUGUGGAUUGCAGCAAUUAUCAUCAAGCCUACUGUAGCAGCCAUAAUUGCACUGACAUUUGCUGAGUAUGUUGUACAUCCAGUAUCACUGGCAUGUGAUACCAACACGCGGAAUACCAAACGUCUCAUUGCUACAUUAUGCGUGC